AUGGCUUCCUCUCCCGAUUCAAGCAGUACUGUAGUUAGGCGCCAAUGGCCAUGUACCACUCCUUCUGCCGCUGCUGCACGCGCACGGACGUCGCCUCGCCCCAUCUUGCCACAACCGUCUCCUCCCGUUAGUGCUUCUGCCGGGGAUGAACCGAGUAGUAGCUCCGAUGCUGCUCGCCCUCCCCUUCCUCGAGUGGCUAUCCCCACUUUCCCGGAGCGUAAGCGCCCGCAGGGUCAGCUGAAGCGCAACGCGGACGCUCAGCCACCAUCCCCUCGCCAUCACAUGACGAAGAAAGUCCGUAAGGCGAUCACCGUGAAGGAGAAGCUGCACUGGUUGAAGAUGCAAGACUCUCAGCCCGACCUGGGGAAUCGCGUGUUGGCGAAGAUCGCGAAGGUGCAGCCCUGCCAGGUCCGCGAAUGGAGGACGAUGAAGGAGCGGCUGGAGGUCGCAUCUAGCUGCCGCCGUCGCCUCAUGGGAUCUGGCCGCAAGGCGAAGUACCCGUUCAUGGAACGGGCUGUCUACCGUCACUUCCUUAACCACCGGGCGAAGGGCCUCGCCGUUUCUGUCCGCAUGCUCCAGCAGUGGAGCUCCAAGUACAUGAAGCACCGCAUGCCCUCGGUGAACUGGCGCGCUUCGCAACCUGAAGAAGCCGCCUGCGGACUUGACGUUAACGAGCUGGUUGACGACGAGCUCGUCGUCAACCCCUUCUACGCCGAGGCCCCCGUGCCGGCCGAGGAGCUGCAGCCGGCAGAGGAGGAUGUGGCCGCAAAGGAGGAGGCGGAGGCGGCGGCGGCGGCGGAAGAGGAGUGGAACACGCCUGAAGAAGGGGAGGAGGCGGGAGUGUACAACGAAGACGAUGAGGAGUGGUGGCGUGCCGGCCGCUAUGACGGAGAGGAGUGUGAGGAAUGGGUCGCUGGGGACGAUGAGGACUAG